AUGACAUCCCUGCCACAACUGCGCUUCCUCCUUCUUUCCUUGCUUCUGCUGAUCUCUUCUUGCAACGCUGGUGCCGCCGACGACGACAAGUGCGCCGCCAGCAAAUCGUACCAAUGUCCAUACUUGACGGAAGUCUGCGGCAACAACCAGACUGUCUUUGUGAGUGACUGUUUGGAAGACUGUCAAGGAUAUCGCAAUACAGAUUCCACAAACGAAGUGUGCUUUGACCGUCGCUUGUUGAGUGCCACGGCCAAUCCGGAUCCCAGUUACUUGUGGCGAGACAUUCUCGGGAUUCUGGUUUGGUUUGCAGCUGCUGGAGUGGCGACCGCGUGUGGCGUGGGAGGGGGUGGGAUCUAUGUGCCAUUGGGAAUCUUGCUAUUGCAAUUUGCUCCCAAGCCGUCAUCGGGCUUGAGUCAAGCGUCCAUCUUUGGAGCCAGCUUGGGAGGAUUGCUGCUCAAUUCCAGGAAUCAGCAUCCUUACACCACUCAAGUGCAAGUCCACGCGAGUAAUAAGACUGAUGAUGAGGACGGAGAGAAAGAUUCCAAACCAGCAGCUCGGAUCAAAUCCAUUCCUACGUCCACCGAGAACAACAACAAUGACGACAACCGAGACUGCUCCACCUCUACACAGUGCUAUACCCGUCCACUGAUUGACUUUGACAUGGCACUCUUCUUGGCACCCAUGGAAAUGGCGGGGGCCGUCUUGGGUGUGCUCAUUCAAAAGAUAUUGCCCAAUUGGCUGUAUCUUACUCUAGCUGCCAUCAUUCUCGGCUUUACAGCAUAUAAAACCUAUCGGAAGUUCUUUGAUAUGCGCAAAGCCGAAAAGCUGCUAGUGGCAAAAGAACAGGGAGCAGCAGAUGCAACAUUAAAGGAUGCCGAAAAGACAGAAGACAGUCACAUUAAUGACGAGCAGCCUACCAGUCCACCACCAGAAGAACCAACCACAAACGGAAACCACGCAACGGAUGACAACGACCAGUCUGCAGACCAACCUCACCAAGACAAAGAACGCCAAACCCAAGACAAUGGUGCCGAAAACAAUAAUACAUCAUCCACAACAUCAACAUCAACAGCAACAGCAGCAACAGUCAAUCUCGAACGUUGUCAAUACUGGUUGGAACAGGAUCAACGGCAAUUCCCAGUCGACAAAUUACUAGGCCUCCUCAUUCUGUGGAUUGGACUUGUCUUACUCACAUUCUUCAAAGGUGGAAAAGGGGUCGACUCGCUCAUUGGCAUCGAUUGUACUUCCCCUUGGUAUGCCACUCUCAUUGCCAUACAAUUCGCAUGGACGCUUGGAUUUGCCGCAUUCUAUGGGUACAAACUACAACGUGCCACCCAAGACAAGAUCGCUUGUGGGUAUCACUUUCAUCCCAACGAUGUCCUCUGGGAUUUGGCCAAGAUUCGAUUCUAUUCCUUUUUCACCUUUAUAGCGGGGAUUGUGGCGGGUCUCAUUGGCAUUGGCGGUGGGAUGGUACUGGGACCGCUCAUGUUGGUCAUGGGCAUUCACCCACGGGUGUCUUCAGCCACCACAGCAACGAUGAUUGUACUGACCAGUAGCAGCGUGGCUGUCUUGUUUGUCACUGCGGGGUUGGUGCCCUGGGAGUAUGCCCUGACCUUCUUUUGUGUAUGCUUUUUGGGUGCCUGCGUUGGCAAGACGGUCAUUGAUGGAUACGUGAAGCGGACUAACCGAGCCAGUUUGCUGAUCUUUUUGUUGGCCACCAUCAUUGCCUUGGCUACGGUGGGGUGUAUGGUGAUUGUGCUGACUCGCUUGGCGCAGGCAGAUUGGUGCUUUGCGGGGUUCAACAAAUUCUGCAGCAUUGCCACGGACGAGGACGAGGACGAGGUUGUGUGUACCGGAGAGCGUUUGCUGGCCUUUGUCACGCCGACCAAAGCCAGUUCGUAG